AGAGCUCUUCGUGCACAAGAAAAACAUACAUGAUACAGAGAAGAAUAAGCCACAUUUCUACUCUUGAAUCUAGAGUAGUUUUAGCGAUAGAUCUAUUCUGAGGCUAGAUUACAGCUUCAAAACUUGUCAUUAACCAUUGGAUUUACUUUUAAUUCCGAAUAUUCCACACUAAGUGUAGGUAAUUUCACAUCUAGACUAGAGUAGUAGGUUUUGACUGAUACAAUGGAAGAAACCUACUAUAUAAAUGAGGACUCAUGUAAUAGUGAACCAGAAGAUUUUAUAGACCAUCAUGAGUUAGAAGUAGCUCUUUAUAGUCAAGUGCACUUUGACGCUGGGCCAGGAAGUGAAACAUGGAAUAAAGACACAUUGGUUUCUAAUAAUAAUCGUUCAUUUCAUAUUGAGGUUAAGAAGCUCACAUCUACGCUUUCAACAGCUAAGCAGAGCCUUCCCUCGUGUACAGGAGAUUUCAUUGGGUUUUCAGAACUACCCAGUGACAACAGUCAAAAGUGCUCAACAAAAGCUAGUAGCCCCAGUACUUCUGUUAGCAAAAAAAAAGGUAAAAUAGCAAAAGCCUCCAAAACUAAAGACAAAAAAGAAUUCCAAGAAUGUACACUCUCAUUUGAAAUUGAUAAAAAAGGUAACCCCAACUCCAUAAAAGAUUCAAGUUCCUUGGACAUUAUAUGUAUAAAUAAUGCCAAGAAAUCAACGCCUAGCAAUGAUAAUACAGUGAAGUCCGCCAUUAAUGAUGAUAUAAUUGAGCUGGGCAAUAAAACUAAUGUAGUCAUGGCAGCUAAGGAAGACAUUGUCAUGGUCUCAGGGGAAACAUCAAAACAAAAAAAAACAGCUUUGAACUCAGGGAUUGAGCAAAAUAAAGAAAAACUGAUUGCUGAAACUUCACCAGCUGCUGCAGAGAUGUGUUUGCCUUUCAAAUUGACCAAGUCAAAAAAAGUAGCCAGUGAUGAACUGUUACAGCCAGAGAUCAGCACCAAGAAAAGUAAAACUGAUAUCACAUCUCAAGCUAAUAAUAAACAAAAUGUGCCCAAGAUACAAGACUUUUUACAUCUGUCUAAAUCAGAUACAAGUUCAACUUCAAAAGUGAAGAAGAAAGUGUCAAAAUUAGAUGCUGCAGUUAAAAUUAGAAAGCCCACAGUUUGUAUAAGGCGACCUCCUCUUGUAGCAAAGUUUAAUCCAGAUAGUGACACUGACACAGACUACAGUGACAGUGAGUGCAGCGUUCGGGAAAGUCCUGCAAAACCACUAAAGAAAACUUCAGCCAGAAAACUCACUAAAUCUUCUGGAGCUCUUGCCAAAACUUUGUUUGCUAAGAAAGAUCCAGAAGAUAAAACUAAUCAACUCCAGACUGAAGUCAACUUGGACCCAGAUAGUGAAACAGAAGGAGAUGAAGAAGAAGGAGAAGUUGGUACAGAAAAUUCAGAUGAUUGUAUCCUUGUUGAAAGGUCAGUAUUAGAUGAAGCCAAUACUAUUGAGUUGUCAGAGGAAACUUCUUCACAAGAGUCUGAAGAUGAAACUACAGAUCACUCAGAGGGGGAACUGACUAGUAGUGAAGAUGACAGUCCAUUAGAUGUGACUCCCAACCUAGAAUUCAAUCUUGCUGGAGGAAUGAGUGCCUUACUUUCAUCAAAAAGUCCAAGUAGUGAAGAAUGGAAAAUAGAUGAGCAAGACCGUUUCAAAACGAACAGCCUCACAAGUCGUUAUUUCAGUCCACUUAAAGUGCAGUGUCGAAAUUGCAAAGUAGAAGGUCAUUUAUCACGUGAUUGUCCUAAACCCAUGAAAAAGAAAUGUGUGUUUUGUGCUGAAGAAGGUCAUAUUAGUGUUGCUUGUCCGGACGCUAUAUGUUACAACUGCGAUACACCUGGUCACAGAAACAAUGAGUGCUCAGAACCUAAAAGAAACUGGCAUGCCUUAUGUAAUCGUUGCUAUGUGGCUGGCCACAGGGAAGAGAUGUGUCCAGAUAGAUGGAGACAAUAUCAUAUAUCGACUGAUCCUGAUUGUUUUAAUACACAGCGUAAAGAUGCAACCAAUGAUCGUGUUUAUUGUUAUAACUGUGGUUCACAAGGGCAUUUUGGUCAUGAUUGUCAGGCAGCAAGAUUUAAUAAAUUUGUACCAGCCAGCUAUCCAUUAAUAGCUCAUUAUGACACAAGAAAGAAUAGGUUAAAAAGCAAUGACACUGCAGCAAAGCAUAAAAAACAUUCAGCUCGUGGAAAGCAAGGGCGAUCAGAAUCUGAGAAAGAUUUGCAUAAGAAAAAGAAAAAGUCUAAAGCUGACAAAAAGGAUGAAUUGAAAGAAACUUCCAAUGAGUUUGUUGCACCUGGCAGCUUAUUCAAGAAAAAGUCAAAAUCACAUUCAAGUCAUAAGUCUACCAAAAAUUUUUCUAAGGGAGAUCAUCAGAAACAAGUCUCUCCUGCCUCUGGGAAGUCCAGGAAGCGACAGCAUGAGCUUUAUGAACCUAAAGAUGAGAUAGAAGAUUUACAAGAAGACUUUGAAAGUCACCAGGUGAACCACAAUGAAUGGUGGAACUCAGACAGCAAACAGCCUCCCAAAAAAAUGGGAAAAUUUGGUAGAAAUCAAGGGGACCAAUAUUAUGAAGAGCACUGGGAUGGCAGAAGAAACAGAGCAGAUCUUGGGGAAAGUAGAUCACAAGGAAAUCAUGAGCAGGGAAAGUUCUGGGAUAGGAACUACAGAGAAAUGAACCAUUAUGGACCCAGGCCUCCAGCCAAUGCUCAAUACAUGAGAGGUAAUAUAGGGAGAAAUUUGAUGGAAGAGCGUUUUCAUCAGAGCUAUCCAGGUUCUCAAAACCAAGGAUUUCAACAGAGCAACCAGUCCAACAGAGACUUUAGACAGGGCAACCAGCCCAACAGAGACUUUAGGCAGGGCAACCAGUCCAACAGAGACUUUAGACAGGUCAACCAGUCCAACAGAGACUUUAGGCAGGGCAACCAGUCCAACAGAGACUUUAGGCAGGGCAACCAGUCCAACAGAGGUGGCAUGAAACAUUCUCAGUCAUGGCCUGUUAUCCAGUCCAAGAAAAACACUGGAGGAUUCCAGUUUCAGAAUGACCAGUUUGCAAUGUUGAAAAAUAAUUGUGAUAGGAAUCAAUAUCAGAAAAAUUGGUGACAUGUUCACAUUUAGUUUUGUGAAGAGCUCUGUAUAUUUGUACUAAAUCUUAAGUUGUAAAUAUUUAAUUUAUGACUUAUUUAGGAAAUUUUUCACAAACAUAGAUUGUUUAUAGUGAAAACAAUAUGAAAGAUUAAUUGUAUAAAAAUCAUACGAUUAGUUUAGAUUUCAUUUUAAUUUGCAUACAUUGAAUGAUUUGUUUGGGGGGCGGUCAUAACUUGUAUGAACAUUUUAAUGUAAUAGCAUGAAAUUUUAAGAUGCUUUUUUCACUUUCUGACGCCUGUCAGUUUUGCAUUGAUGUGUUUAGAAAGUCAUUUAUUUUGUAUUACACAGAACAACUCUCUAGUAAAUCUGACAAAGCUGAACAUUGUCUUUGGCAUUGUACCCUCAAUUGAUAUGAUAAUGUAGGAAUACUUUUUUUGCUUAUAAUUUUCUUUUUCAAUGCCAGUACUGUCAGUGAGGGAGUUUUAUGGAUUUUUCAUCAUUGAAAAGGCUGAUUACUUGAAGCCAGUAAUUGUUGCCAAUCAAAGAUUUUGAAAACAUUCAAGUUUUGGCCUUUUUAUUAUUUUUAGUCACAAUAAAAUAAAAUGUUUUUUUUUCUAUUUUCUUAAGAGAAUGAAAUCUGUAUCUCCUCCCUUUUUGUAUCUCUAUUUUAAUAAUGAGACAAACUUUUGUAUUGGCUACAAUAAUGGGAAAAACACAUCUUAGUUUAAUGUAGUCUGUCACAUUUAGAUCUCAAAAACUAAACGAGCUAUUGAAAUUUCACUAUCUUUGUGGCUUCAAAGUUACUACUUAAGAAGCAAACUGUUUUAUCUUUAAAAUUAAUUAUGCAAACUGUUUUUCAUAAAAGUACACUUCUUUUAAAACAGUAAUAAAUUGUAAGGAAGAAUAUAUUAACAAAGAAAUAUUAUUGUCUAUUUUUUUUGUAACAUUGAUGCAUACUUUGUCAAAAUAAUGUUAUAAAAAUAUAUAUAUAUGUAUUA